AGCUAGGAGGAGGGGUCAAUGCUUUGCACGGCUUGAGUCACAAAACCAACCCGAAAAUUUGCAGGUUCGAGUCGAGGUUGGACACCAAGCAGACAUGUUUUUCGACGGAGAAGAAGGAGAAGGGGAUUUCGGACCACCACCUGGAAAGUCCAAGUUGAGUUCCCUGUUUGGUAUGGACCGAGCGAACAACCAGGGUGGAAACGAGUCUCUGACGUACACUGCGCCCAAACAGCCCAAGAAAGGAUCUAAAGGAUCAACAUCAAGGGAGGGAGCGGCCUCAUCAUCCCCUUCAACAGCCGGUCAGUCAGCAUUAUUACUUGCAGUUGCUGUGCAUGCGUACAGAUUUUCCAAUGGAACAUACAUCAAACAUGGCAAGCUUGGGGCUGCUAUCUUGGGUAACCACACAGCCAAUGACUACAAAGUCUUACUUUACAUCAGCAAACAGCAACAGGUGACACAUGCAAGAAUUACUCCCCAUUUUGUCUUCACAACGCAAGCCAACAACUAUGCUACAUUCUACGACGAGCAGAGACAGAACUGGUCCAUCAUGUUUGAGUCAGAGCAGAACGCAGAAGAUUUUGCAAAGCAGGUGGGAUUAGCCAAGCUGAAUGCUUCAGGGGGGAUUACGCGGGGCGUUAUCCAGCAAGACCUAACAAUCGGUGCUGGCGACCCCGUCAGCGAAGGGGAUUCAGUGGAGGUGAAAUACACAGGCUGGCUGUACCACAACAGGACGUUUGGAAGUGUGUUUGACAGCAAUGCGAGUGUGGACAAGGCCUUCCGCUUUAAAAUCGGCAGAGGAAAAGUUAUAAAGGGCUGGGAAGAAGGGGUGAUCUCGAUGAAGAAAGGUGGGCGCCGGUUGCUACUCAUUCCUCCAUCGCUAGCCUAUGGAAAGAAGGGACUAGGUUCUCGGAUACCGGCCAACUCUACGCUCAUAUUCGAUGUUGAAAUUAAAAAGGUUAAAGUCACUAAAGACAAGGAUGAGACGGGCUCAGUGUCUUCCGAUGCCAUGGAGGCGGGAUCAUUACUUGCUAAUGAUACCCAUCGUGCCGCCUCACCAAGGGUGGAUGCUGGUAUGAGCAGCAGUGAUGAAACAGUUAAGACAAGGUCUGCAUCUCUCACUGAUCAGAUGUCGUCGAGUCCAGCCAGCAGUAGUAAAGCCAAACUGAUCUCUAGAAUGGCCAAGAUGGGACAGCCUAUGCUGCCGCUACAAGGAGCUGCCAUAGCUGCAGAUAGCACCGACGAGUCAGAGGUGGAUGAGAAUAGUGCCUCAGACACGGGUUAUCCGUCCCUUCCGGCACACCCACAUCCACGCAGUAAACCCAUCAAGACGGCACGCAAGCCGCCGGCUACCAGCGCUAAGCCUGACCAGCAGUUGCCGAUGGCUGGUGACCCGAUGAUGCAGCAACAGCCUGGUAUGCAGAUGCCUAUGCAGAACAACACAGCUGGUAUCCCGCAAGCCUCACAGGGCUUGACACACACGGUGGCCGUCUACCAGCCUCAGAUGCAGCCCCAACAGCAGCCCUUCCAGACUCAACCCCAGGUGCAGCAACAAACCAUGGGCAUGCAGGGAAUGGGACAGCAACAAGCAUUCCAAUCUACGACCUUCCAUGGGACGACACAGCAAUAUCCAUUCCAGCAGCAAUACCAGCAGCAGCCAGCCGAUCCCAACAUCCUACUCCAGCAACAGGCUGCAGCAGCAGUCGCAGCGCAGCAGAAUCUCCAGCAACAGCAGCAAUUUGGUGGUGCCCGAUACCCAGUCACUAGCCAGGCCCUCAUACAGCCGGUUAUAUCCGAGUUGCCGUUGCUGCUAUCGGAGUCAAGACAACACCACACGGAUCUCAAGCUCGUUGUGGAUGUGGUGUCAGGGAAGAUCGACACCUUAGCAAAUAGGGUGGAGAAGCUAAACUUCCAGACAACGGGGGCGUCCGUCCCGUCCAACGUACCCAACCUAGAAGCUAACAUCCUGAUGCAGAACAUCUCCCGCAUCGUUCAGGAGAACGAGCGACUCAAGAAGGAGGUCCUGGAGAAAGGAAGCAAGAUCGAGACGCAGAAUGACAAGAUUGCUGAGCUCAUCCAGAGGAAUCAAAUCCCACGGAAAAAUGAGUUUGCAGACGAUGACGUUUGUGACAUAUGGCUUGAUGGACUACGGUUUGUGGAGCAAAGCAACACGUUAAUGGAGAAAAGGAAUGACUCAUUCAAACAAACCACAGUUCAAUCUCAAGCAAGGGUCUUAGAACUGGAACAAGAAAAGGUUCAGUUGGCGACAGAUUACAGUAAUGCUACGGCUAAGAUAAGUUCUCUACAGUUGGAGUUAACAGCUGUACAGCAACGAGAGAUGCAGCUGAAGACGCAACUCAACACCGGGAUGAACACCAACCAAGAACAUCUGUCGGAGAUGGAGGCCAUGAGAGCAAAACAACAAGAAUCCGACUGGAAGAUCACAGAGUUAUCGCGGAAUCUUAAAGAUGAGAAGCAGGAGAAGAAACAGUUGAGCAACCGUCUCGUUGUCAUGGAAGAGGAACUCACCGAUGCCAAGAUGGAAAAAGACACCAUUGAUAAGAAUUUUUCGGAGAGGAAAAGGAAAGCAACGAUGGAGAAGCAGAGACUUGAUCAGGAGAUGGAGGAACUCAAGAAGCAAUAUGAGAAAACAAUUGCUUCUCAAAUAAAGGAGGAAAUCAACAGCCUACAGAACAAACUGAGAUUACAGAAGACUUCCAAAGAUGUGGUUACUGCAGAACAGGUCGCUCAAGUUGAACGUGAUCUGGAGCUGCAAUGGCGGGAGAGAUCGGAACGGCUUCUCACCCAGUCCACCGAGAAACACGAGAGGAUGAUCAGUGAGCUCCACGAGGAGAAAGAAAUACUGGCCAAGAAACUUGCCCAGACAGAACAGAAGAUGAUUGCUUUGAGGUCGGGUCAAGGUGACGUCCGGGAAGAAGCAGAAAAACUGAAAGAACAACUCUCCGAUAUGAGUGGCUGGAAAGAAAAGUAUGAUGGUCUACACUCCGGUGCUGUCAGCAUGAAGGAGCGAUAUGAGGAACGCAUUAAGGAAAUGAUUAAAGAUAAGGAGACGAGAGAUGGAGCAGCUUCUCAGAGCAACAUCAUUGAUGAGGUCAAAAAGAUAAUGAACAGUGUAUACCACACAUUGCGAAGUGAGUUUGAGCUUAGCGGAACGUACAAGGGAGGCGAAAUACUCAACACUAUUAUGAACACAAUAAAGCUCGUCACACUUCAACUGGUAAAGAGGUCUUCAGGAGGAAGUGCUGGGGAAGAGGAGGACAGUGAAGAAGAAGAAGAAGAAGAUGAAGAUGAUGAAGAAGAAGAUGAUGAAGAAGAUGAUGAGGAGGAGGCAGAAGAAGAUGAGGAGGAAGUUGAAGAAGAGCUGCCACCAGUUCAAAUAGUUGAAGAAUCGGUCUUACAAAGCAGUGCCCCAGUCCAAGAGGAUGCACCACAAACUUCAGCCCCGCCUACUGCCCCACCCACUGCCCCGCCCACUGCCCCACCCCAGGCCCCACCACAGGCUGAGGAAGACAUACCUGAUCUGCCUGACAUCCCUGACGAGAAACUCCCAAGUGAAGAAGAGAGUGACCAAGAACAGGAGGAUGAAGGGAACCAGGAAGCAGGUGACCAGGAGGUUCCUCGAUCUGAGCCGCCGUCGAUCGUUGAGCAGCCAGAAGAAGAAGAUAAUGUUGAGCUUCCAGAGCUUCCUCCAGAGUUGCCGGCUGAGGAAGUUUCGGAGGAGGAGAAAGAGGAGGCGAGGGAAGAAGAGGUACGGGAUAACAAGAUGAAUGAGAUGAGAGCUGAGGAAGAAACAGUACCAGAUGAGGUCCCCAAUUUGCCUGCCCAGGAUGACAUUGAUGAUCUGCCAGACUUCAGUCCAGAGGGGGACAUGCCGGAGGAUGACACAGCCACAGAGGCCGCACCCCCAGUCAUGUCACCCCCACCGUUCCUGCCUGAUUUACCCCCCGAGUUGCCGCCCGAUGACAUGGAACCAAGGACAAAAAGCGCCACGGACGAUAUCUUUGGAGAUGAUGAUGACGAUGAUGAAUUCUUCUCCACUCCUCCAACCAAGAGAAAAGACGUCUUCUCCAGACCAAUCGUCAAAGACUCCCCCUCAUCCAAAGAAUCGGAUAAUGACGAUUCUCUCAAACCGAACCAGCCUCCCCCGUUGUUUGGAUCGGAAGAGGAUGAUGACGGCGACCUGGACUGGUUGAGUAAUAAGUAGUGACGGGUUCUAAUCUACCCAGCGAAAUUACCAGGUUGAUCUAGUAGUGAUGGGUUCGAAUCCACCCAGUGAAAUUACCACAUUGAUCUUGUAGUGGCUGGUUCAAGUCCAUCUAGUGAACAAAUCUAAGUUGAUCUUCAAGUGCUUUUCGACAGGAUAAAUACUAUGACCGUUUGACUUUGACUGGUUGAGUAAUAAGUAGUGACGGGUUCGAAUCUACCCAGUGAAAUUACAACGUUGAACUAGUAGAGGCUGGUUCGACUCCAUCCAAUGACAAUACCCACGUUGAUCUUCAAGUGCCGUUCGACAAGAUAAAUACUAUGAACAUUGAAUCUUGGACUGGGUGUCUAUUUAGUAGUGACCGGUUCGCAUCCAACCAGUGAAAAUACCAAGUGCCGUUCGACAGGAUAAAUACUAACAUUGGACAUUUGUUACUACUUUUUUUUGUAAUUUUUUUAAAGAUGAGGUCGCUUCAUUUUGAUAUGGCUGGCUCAUAACAUAGGAUUUUAAAAUUAUGUUUUUUCUAUGGACAAUCCCUCCCUCCCCCCAACAAGAUCACUUCCUUUAUGGCCAAUGCUUUGUUUUGUUUUUGUAUUCACAACUGUUAUUUUUUGUAUUGACAACUGUUGUUUUUUGUAUUGACAACU